UUUGUUACACAAAAUGGGGGUUUUGGUUAUGAAAUUGAUCUUAGUGCUAUGCUCCCUUUCUAAUGCCGAGUUCAUUAUUUCCUUCUCCAUGCAAGAUUUGAGCCGACCCUUAAUCACUGGGUUGAAAGGAAAUGAAAGCGAUAGGCAGGCACUGCUAGCAAUUAAAGCUCAAAUACAACACGAUCCCAACCGGGUCACAAGCUCAUGGAAUGAAUCCCUUCAUUUUUGCCUCUGGCACGGCGUCACCUGCAGUCGACGACAUCUCCAAAGGGUGGCAAAGCUGCAGCUGAGGUCUCUAGCUUUGGGGGGAUCCAUAUCUCCACACAUGGGAAAUCUAAGCUUCUUAAGAGAGCUAGUUCUCGAAAACAAUAGCUUCACUCAUCAAAUCCCUCCUCAAAUUGGACAUUUGCAUAGAUUGCAGGUAUUGCUUCUAAACAAUAACUCAUUUAUUGGCACCAUUCCUCCCAACAUAUCCAAUUGCUUGAAACUCAUCACUCUCAACCUUGGUAGAAACAAUCUAGUGGGGCAAAUUCCUCCACAACUCGGUUCCUUGUCAAAGCUUGAAUUAAAAUUUAACAAUUUAACAAGAGAAAUCCCUCUUUCUUUGGGGAACUUAUCGUCUCUUGAGUUCUUUUCUAUAGGUGAUAAUAACUUAGAAGGAAGCAUCCCUAAUUCUCUAUGCCAGUUGAAAAAAAUAACAGUUUUCUCUUUAACCACAAAUAGGUUAUCGGGUAUCAUCCCUCCUUGCAUUUAUAACCUCUCUAAUAUAGUUGUCUUCGAGCUAUCAGCGAACCAAAUUCAAGGAAGUCUUCCCUUAAACUUGGGCAUUAGUGCUUUUCCCAACCUUCAAUUCUUUUCCGUUUUCAUAAAUCAAUUUACCGGGGCCAUCCCUUGGUCAAUAUCCAAUGCAACAAAUCUUGUGCUGUUUCAAUGUCCAUCAAACAAACUCACUGGACAUGUGCCAAAUUUACGAAAUCUUCAUAACCUUGUGACACUCCAUUUAGCUGAUAAUUAUCUUGGAAGUGGUAAACAUGGUGACUUAAGUUUUGUUUCAGAACUGAUCAAUGCUACAGAGUUAAGACAUUUGCAGUUCGACACUAACAAUUUUGGAGGGACGUUGCCCACAUCAAUAUCCAAUCUCUCAACCAAUCUCCAAAUUCUUGCAAUUGGAAGAAACCAAAUACAUGGAAGCAUCCCAGCUGGAUUAGGGAAUCUUAUCAACUUGCAAGUACUCUUUAUGGGAGGAAACUCCUUCACAGGUAGCAUCCCCACUGACAUUGGGAAGCUUUCGAGGCUUGUAAAGUUGUUUCUUAACAACAACGAAUUAUCAGAGAGCAUUCCGUCUUCUCUCGGAAAUUUAACAUGGUUAGUACUACUCCAAUUGCAAGAAAAUAAUCUAGAGGGUAGCAUCCCUUCCAGCCUAGGGAAAUACAAUUGGUUACUAGAAUUGGGUCUUUCUGGAAACAAUCUAAAUGGCACAAUACCUCCUCAAGUCUUUGGCCUCUCAUCUUUAUCAACAGUUUUGAACUUGGGUAGAAACCAAUUCACUGGUUCCCUUCCUAUGGAGAUUGGAAAAUUGACGAAUUUAGGUGGAUUGGACGUCUCUAACAACUUGUUAUCAGGAGAACUUCCUAGUAGCCUCGGUAGUUGCCAAAGCUUAGAAGUCUUGCUCUUGCAAGGCAACUUCUUCUUGGGACCUAUUCCUUCCUCUAUGAAGGAAUUGAGAGGGAUUCGCGAUUUGGACCUUUCACGCAACAAUUUUUCAGGAGAUAUUCCACAAUUUCUUGAGAAUCUGAAAUUGGAGUACCUGAACCUCUCCUUCAACCAGUUUUGGGGAGUAGUACCAACUGGCGGUGUCUUUAAGAAUGCAAGUGCGACUUCAGUCGCUGGAAAUGCUAGACUCUGCGGAGGUAUGACUAGUCUUCGACUUCCUCUGUGUAAGCCUAAUAAGUCCAAAGGAGAAGGGUUGUCUCGUAGAAUGAAACUAAUGAUCUCUUUAGUCUCCGGGUUCAGUCUUUUGGGACUGGUUGUUAUGCUGUCUCUUUUUCUUCUUGGUACGAAAAGGAAAGAAACUAAUUUAAGCACUUUGGGGAACUCUAUUUUGCAAGUUUCAUAUGCUACACUCCUCAGAGCUACUGAUGGUUUUUCUUCAGCUAAUUUGAUCGGUGUGGGUGCUUUUGGGUCUGUGUACAAAGGAAUCCUUACUGAUGAUAGAGUUGUUGUCGCUGUGAAGGUGCUUAACAUGUUACAUCGGGGUGCAUCUAAGAGUUUCAUGGCCGAAUGUGAGGUACUGCGAAAUAUUAGACUUCGAAAUUUGGUCAAGAUCUUAACUGCAUGUUCAAGUAUUGAUUUUGGCGGCAAUGAUUUCAAGGCUCUUGUUUGCGAGUUCAUGGACAACGGGAGCUUGGAGGAGUGGUUGCAUCCAUCCACUGGAACUAGAGAGGUAAUAGAAGCUCCCAAGAUUUUAAGUCUUAUUCAGAGGCUUGACAUUGCCAUAGAUGUUGCUAGUGCAUUGGAUUAUCUUCAUAACCAUUGUGAAACACCAAUCGUUCAUUGUGAUCUCAAGCCAAGUAAUAUUCUUUUGGAUAGUGACCUGACUGGACAUGUUUCCGAUUUUGGGCUAUCGAGGUUUCUCUCAGAACCAACCAGGAGUGUUUCUGGAAAUCAAUCAAGCUCCAUCGGACUUAGAGGAUCGGUUGGUUAUGCUGCACCAGAGUAUGGUAUGGGAAGUGAGGUGUCCACAUACGGUGAUGUCUACAGCUUUGGCAUUCUCUUGUUAGAAAUGUUUACAGGGAAGAGAUCUACUGAUCAGAUGUUCAGUGACAACUUGAAUCUUCAUAAUUAUGUGAAGACAGCUCUCCCUGAACUUGUUUAUGAUAUUUUAGAAUCACUAGUUCUUCAAGAAGGCACCACCAGUGUCGCUGAAGCUAACAUGCACAACCAAUUCAGUGUGAGAGCACGAAAAAUUGAAGAGUGCUUGACUUUGAUACUUGGUAUAGGAAUUGCAUGUUCUGUUGAAUCCCCCACAAACAGAAAGAAUAUAGGUGAUGUUGCAUCUGAAUUGCAAUCCAUUAGGCGCAAUCUUCUCGGCUAGAACUUUCAAAUUAUUAAUGUUUUAUGAUGGCUUUAAUAAAUUGUUGUAAGGUUCUUGUGCUAUAAUCUGUUUUGUUUUUGAA